AUCUUGGCAGUUCGCUAUCACAUUUUGAUGUACAUUUGUUCAUAUUCAAGUGAGAUAGUUUUGCUAUUAGAGAAUUUAAAUGAAGAACAACGUGAUAUAAAUACAUUUGGAAUAUUCACUUGUAGGAAAUGAAUGCAUGAAGAUAUUCUACUACUUAUACAACAUAUUCCAGACGGUUUCAUGUAGUCAUUAUCGAAUGUUUUUGUCAAUACAGACGGGAUAAUAGUUAUCAGUAUGAUGUCGGUCAAGUGUUCAAUUCUUUCUCUGACGAUUCUAGUACUUGUUGUCCCAGCAAAGUUUCAGUCUCCAAGCAUAUACUCCCUUCAUAUUAGAACCGAUGUUCAGUACCGCUUUGCUACUACACUGGUCACCAGCCGAGUGGCCAACCCGGCUAACUACACACAGGAGACUGUCUUCAAUGUCUUCCUACCAGAGGAGGCCUUUAUUUCAAACUUUACUCUUGAGAUAGAUGGUCAGAUAUAUCCAGGUAUAGUAAAGGACAAAGGUGAAGCAAAGAAAGAUUAUGAGAGAGCAAAGAAAAGAGGACAGACAGCCGGACUUGUCAGUCAAAAGCCACGGGAAUCCAGGAAGUUCAAUGUCAAAAUAUCAGUUGCCGCCUUCAGUAAAUCUACGUUCAAUUUAACAUACCAGGAACUACUUAAACGUGUCAAAGGGGCGUAUGAACACAAGAUAUUUAUAAACCCUGGCUAUCCCGUUAAAGAUUUUAAGGUCACAGUAGCCAUUUUGGAAUCACGUGACAUUACAAAGCUCGUGGUUCCCCCAAUCAAAGCUUUGAAACAUUUACUUACGGAAAACGAAGAGGUAAAGGAAAACGCGCUCGCGGUAAUAACAAGGCCUACCAGUAGAAGUGCAAUCAUUCAAUAUUCACCAACGUUAGACGAUCAAGGCACGGACGGUGUGUCUGGACAGUUUAUUGUACAAUAUGAUAUAGAUAGGUCACUGGAUGGGGGAGAUAUUUUGGUCGUCAAUGGAUAUUUCGUGCAUUUUCUUGCCCCAGAAGUAAAAACGGUUAUUCCGAAAGACGUCCUCUUUAUUUUGGAUGUCAGUGGUUCAAUGGGUGGACGGAAAAUCGAACAACUAAAGGAUGCUAUGUUUAUUGUACUAGAUGAGCUGAAGGAGGGAGACCGAUUUAAUAUAAUAACAUUUAGUCAAAGUGCUAAAACGUACAAGCCGGGUAUGAUAGACGUAACUCAGAGAGAGGUUCUUGAUGCAAAAACGUUUACUAAAGGAAUGACUUACGGUGGCUCGACAAACAUUAAUGAAGCUGUACUGAAAGGUCUGGAGCUACUCCGUAACUCACGGCAAGAAGACGAACGAUCCCCAGUUAUAGUGUUUCUAACAGACGGGCGACCAACAACAGGCAGAGAAACAAAUCCAAAUUCAAUAUUGAGAAACAUCGAUGUUGGCAAUGAAGGAGAGGUACCGAUAUUUAGUCUAGCAUUUGGCAAAGAUGCUGAUUGGAAUCUAAUGAAAAGUAUGUCCAUUCGGAAUGACGGUAUUGCCAGAAAGAUAUACGAGGACUCUGACUCAGAUUUGCAGAUAAGUGGAUUCUACGAUGAGAUUGCUGUAACGUUACUUAACAACGUGACAGUUAAAUAUAUCGGUGACACUGUGGACCCUUCGAGUCUGACCAAGUCGGAGUUUAAAAAUUAUUUCGAAGGGUCCGAACUUGUCGUUGCUGGUAAGUUGACUGAUCCAGGGGCUCCAACUUUUGACCUGCAAAUCCUAAGCAACAGUCUCGACGGAACUUUGGUUUUAAAUGUUGAUAAAGACUCCAACUACAUAGAUGUCUCUGAAACUGAAAGCCUGAUGGAACUCACCGAUUUCCAAGAAAUAACGGAGAAAACAUGGGCGUAUCUUACAAUAAAGCAAUUACUUUAUAGGGCUGAUGGAGAAAUCGACGAUACAGUAAAGGAAGCUUUACAAAAUAGGGCGAAAGACUUGUCUUUACAGUAUGGCUUUGUAACACCGUUGACUUCGAUGGUUGUGACGAAACCUGAAGUGGAACCAAUACCAACAGAACCACCACAAGAUGUUGAAGACCUUAAACCGGAUAGAUCUGCUUUAAGAUUGCGAGGGCCAUUUGGGGUGAUCAAAAAUAAUCCAAAAAUGUCGGCUGACAACGAUCCUCAUUUUAUAAUUAACAUAAAAGGUCUUGAUAAUGCAGUUUGUUUUGACGUCAUGGGAAAUGAAGGUGACGUCUAUACACUUGUUAAUGACAAAUAUAGUGGUUUAGCAAUAGAUGCAAAGGUAGUUGCCAACAAAAUGAUUAAAACGACGACAAAGUAUGAGUUUAAGUCUGGUGACAUAAAGACUUACCUUGGCGAGAUAACAAUUAAAAGAUGGCGAUCUGAACUUCUCGUUACACCAACAAAUAUCACAUUUACGGGAGAAACAGUACACUGGAUGAAUGGAACGUUCUUAAAUCUUGGAACGGCCAUAAUAGUUUUUAACAAAGAUGGCUCGGAAUUGAUGGUAAAGUUUGAGGACAGGAUAACCAUUGUUAUAAUGAGACAUCUGAAGUCAAGGUCAUUGCUCCGGGCGGGAAAAGUCAACUUUCUAGGCAUAUAUAUAGUCGAGCAUCAAGGCCUAUCUUACCACACGCAUGGAAUUCUAGGUCAGUUCUUACAUAGGAAAGUCGUGUUGAAGAAAACGAAAAGUCAUCAAGGAAAAUUAAUGGGUCAGUUGAGAGUAAGUGGGAACACACAGAAGCCCCGGAGACUUAUGGCAACUUUAGGCUCUCGACUCAAUCCUGCCAGCAAUGCCACUGUCCGGUGCUGGAUGGUACAACAUAAUGGCGGUGCUCUUCUCGAUGGAAACAUUUCAGAUUACUUAGUACAGUAAAAUCGAAUAUGUAACAGAAUUGAUACAAAGUCACGAUUUUAUAAGUAAAUUUUAUAUAGUGUAUUAGACCAUUCUUAAUAUUCUACAGCUAUUUUUAGAACAUGAACCAGAACGAGGCGUAACUGGCAAGCUGAUAAGCCAGUAUAAGCUGUGGAUACAAUGAAAUAUUGACUUAUCUUUGGUUCCUAACAUUAAUUUCUCAUUUAUAGAGUUAUUUAUUAAUAUAUUAUGUUCUCUUCUAUAAAGAAUUCAAUUAUAUUUGUGAGUUAUCCAUUAAUGGUUUGAGAAGAGAUUUUUUUAAUUUCGGUUUCAAUUUUGCUGUCAUAAACAUAUUUCCUAACACAAUAUAAAUCUGAUAAUAAGAUAUAAAUCUGUGGUGUCUUGUUUUAUAUAAUCUUAGUUGUUCUGUUAUUUACGGAUUCUUGAUGCCAACAUAAAGGUAAUUGCAAAUUGAAUCUUACAAAUAAGCCCCUAAUGACCUGUGGAAAAUCUUAAUCAGAUGUGUAUUAGGUGUAUUAUAUGAAACAUGUAUUGUAAAAGACCGUUUACCAUAGUAUCUGAAAUAAACUAAUACCUAACCAAACUCUAUGUAUACAUGUACUUUUUGAAUUUUAAAUUGUACUUCCUGUACUACCAGCAGAUACUGGUUGCGCAAUAUAAUUAAGGGAAAUGCCAUAAAAAAAAACAGAGAAAGAAUGAAUGUUCUUAUUUAUUUCAAAAUUUUGAUAAAGACUAAACUUUAAUACUUCCUGAUAUGAUAUUGUUUUUCAUUAUGCUUUUUUUUAUUGAAAUACCAACUUAUAUACAUAUAAAAACAAUAUAUAAAUUAAGACAGACUAUUACAUUUUGCCCAUGAUUGCACUAUGGUCUCAUUAAAAUUAGGUAGUAUACAUACUAGCUACUGUCCAUCCAUGGUUGACAGAAAUGAAACAGAUGAUUCUCUUUAAUUCUUUUGGUUUUUGCUUCUUGCUGAUCAGUCUCUCUCUUGUUUUCUAGUGUAAAUUUGUCUUUUAUACAAAUUCUGAAAUAUUCAAUGACACUUGGAUCCCUGUCUUGAAGUAUCUUCCUUAAUGUAAACCCUUUAUCACCCAUCACAUCAUCACCAGUUUCAAAAAGUUCAAGGAGAUCUCAACAUCUGACAUGCAUCCAUGUAACAAUGACACAAAUGCAAACGUGUGCAUGUUCCUUUGUUAUUUCAAUACAAACUCAGCUGAGUUGCAGGGUCUUUACUUUUUUUGGUCUCCUCCAGUUCAAGCCUCAUGAAGCCUUUAAAUAUCAUUUUCUUCCUGUGUUUCUGUAAACACAUAAGAUGUUGAUGGUUGGCAAUUGGUACUUGUUGCAUUAUCUUCUUCAUCUUCAUUGUGGACAAUGCUGAAAGAUAUACAUGUAUAUUAUACCAAAACAUAUUAUUUAUUCAAUAUCAGUGAGAAUUUAAAUGAUUUUUUUCUAUAAGCAAAUACAUUUAUUUAACAUAAAUAAGCAUUAUAUUAUAUCUAUUUAAAUGAAAUGAUAAAUAUGGGAGUUAAAUCAGUGACUUUAUCAUAAAAUUUACCUAUCAAUGAGCAUUUUCUUUGGUGAAAGAAUUUUUCUUAUAAGUAGCCUUGUUAAUUAGAGUUGUUUGUUCAACCCAAUUAACACUGAUGGAAUAGAACCAUUUUUUAAGUGGAGUCCAAAAGUAAUCCUCAGUUUAAAAUGUUUGGAACACACCACAGUAGAUGCAGUGACCCUAAAAUAUACAACAUAUAUUUAUAAUAAGAUAUGGUAACUAUUAGUCAGCUUCAAUCCUCUAUUUGUAACAUAUAUUUGAACAGACAAUAAUUUACAAUUUACAAUUAACAAGUUUUAAUUGUUAUAACUGUUAGAUUAAAAGCAAGCAGUUCUCCCAUUGUUUUAUUCUAAAUUUACAAAACCUGUAUUUUUACAAAAAUAUUAUUCUGUUCAUAUAUUGGUCAAAGUUUACAAAAUAUUAUUUUAGGUGCUUCAAUUACUUUUAACAAUGACCCUUUAUCCCUUCUUAUCUUAGAAAGUUAGUCAUCCAUAAUUUGUCAUUGUUUUUUUUAAUCUUUAUCCUUUGGAAUAUGGUAAAUCAUAUUUACCAUCAGAAUAGCACAUAGGCACACAUAAAUGUUAAUUGAACUUUUCUUUAUUAACACCCGACAUCGUGGCUAUAUAGUGAGAUAAGACUGGUCAGUGUGUUUACAUUCGUGCCAUUUAAACCUCGUUCUGGUUCUGGAAUUCCAGGUAUGCAUAUAAUUUGAGAAGGGUCUAUAGUGUUAUUGACAGUGUUUUACAUUUUAUUCUGAAGUUAGAUCUGAAGUUUUAAUAACAUAAUACAAAACAUGAGUCUUGUAGAUUAGUAUAAAAGCUACAGGUUAUUAUAUAAAAUGUGUCCAAGUUUUAAUCUGAAAGAAAAUGAAAAGGCAGAAAAACAAUAAAGAAAAGUUUUAGGAUUUCAUUUUCAUGAUUGCGGUUGAGUUUGUUUUUGAUAUAUUUUACAAACAGUUUAACUUAGUUUGACAAAACAUCUAAAAGACAGCGAAAUUUCAUCUGACAUUAUGUAAUGCAAAUUUUGAUGUUUUGUUAUGAACUGAAUUGAUAUUAUUAAAUGAAGGAAUAUAAAAUUUACAAAAUAAUAUAACUGUAUAACUAAAACUAUCCGGCAUUUAAUUUCGAUAAUGUUAUCCUAUACCACGCCUUUUUUUUUAAUCAGAAAAAGUUUGUUGCUUUCUGAACAAAUUGUAAUUGUAUAUAUGUAUAAAAACAUGUAAAUAGAGUGUUUCCAAAUAAAAUAGAAUCACAUUG